AGCAAAAAUGUCAUUUAUUAAAAAUACCCUCAAACAAACAAAAAACAAACUCUAAAACUGGGACAUGAGAAUAAGACAUGAUUUAACUUAAUUAUAAGCCUUGAACAAGGAAAGAGCAUGUUCUCAGAAUACUUAAUUACAGCAUUGUUUUAGGUUGAGGUUUUUUGGUGUGUGUGUGUUGCUCCAGUCAGUCUUAAGCAGAAAGAAUAAAUGGCAAAACAUGGAAGUACAGUAAACAUCUUGAAAUGCAGUUUCCUUCAUACCGGGAACCUAUCAUGUGACUUGCUGGAAAAGAUUUCUUUAAAAAAAAUGGUAGUUGUUUUUUGACAGCUGUAAAUAUGCUUCUUGAGGAGUAAUAUCCUGUAAGAUCUCUCAAGCAACACUACAAUGUUUAAAUUGUUUUAGUGUUGUAUCAGUGGAUUUAAGGAAAGAGCACUGAAAUGUUUGACUGCCCUGAUAACAUUACUCAUUGACAGAUGAGGACAGAAACAGAGUAAGGCUUUCUACUAUUAAUGUAUAAUAAUCUUCUAGUCUGCACUAUUAAAGGUGAGAAGAUACUAAUUUUGACUGAAUUCUACAGCAUGCAAAGCCAGUUGGAGUAAUUCAAUCUAGGAUGAUAGCCUUUUUUGGCAAUCUCACUAAAAGACAGCUGGGAGUUGAACUGAAAUGGGAUCAGCAUUUCAGUUAGUAUAUUGAAUGUGGCUUACUCUGUCUUAAAAUUACACACACAGUAACUGUUCUAACAGCUAGGUUUCUGUACAGCCGCCUGCUGCCCAACAGUGUGGGUCUCAGCUACUCCUUUUUGAGGUUGGCAGCAGAAAUUUAAGAAAAAAAAAAGAUCAGCCCCUGUCUUCCCCUUUGAGUUAGUAUUUCUCAGAACUACACCCUCUCCUGUGCUCUCACAGGUGAAAAAAAUUACCUGUGGCUGGAUUGUGUACUUUUUAUUGUAGGUGAAUGGAAGGACUGGCAUUUUUAUAUUGAAAUGAAGGGUUGUCAGCUCUAAAGGAUUUGCAUCAAAAAUAUGUAGGCAUGUUGACCAUGAUCAAUCAUGCCUUAAAGACAAAUUUCAAGUGGAUUCUUACAGUAUGCUGAAAUAGGUGUGUGAAAGCCAGGAGCUAAAACAAAACUCUGGUGUUCCUGUUCUUGUCUUGCAUAGCUUCAGCUGUGGGGGACUGGUGUGAAACAUUCCCAGUUCAUGGAGGUGAGCUAGAACCCCCUGUACCCCCUGGUCAGUGGGAACAGAGCAUCAAGUGCCAUGGCUACUAAACCUGGAGAGUAACUAAGGCCUUCAGCAGAGCUGUUUGAAAACUUAUUGCUUUAAAUCCUGCUUUGUGAAUGAAGGGAUUAACCUAGCAAGGGAGCACAGGAAAACUACAGUGUGAUUUGAAAACCAUACUUGUUGUAUGUUCGUUCUUGGGAGCUGAUGCUUCUGUCCUUUUGCAGAUGAAUGUACUGAACUUUGAUAAACAAAAUCCACAACCCUGCUUUAUGAGGAAACCAUUGUACUUUCAGAUGUCCAUGACGUUUGUUAUGGUUUUAUGUUCCUCUGUAAUUUUAUGGACAAAAGGAUGUGGAAGUCUGAGGCCAUAUGAAAGCUUCACGAUUCGAGGGAGCCAACACUGAGAGAACCCACUGCAGUUUUGCCUCAGCUCUUCCUCAUCCCUGCCCGCCUCCCUGCCGUUUUCUAAAGCUCCGGGUGCAUUGGCUGCACCCGAGAGCCUCGUACCCGUAUUAAAGCGCCUCUUCUCACUGUUCCGCCGUGCCUCUCGGAGGAGAAGAGAACACCAAGGCGCCCGUUCGCCGCCGCGCUGGGGCAGGGCCGAGCGCCGAGGCCGGGGCAGGGGCCGGGAGCGGCCGUUGGGCCCCGCGCGCAGCGCCAGAGCCGCCCGCAGCCCCGCGCGCAGCCGCGCCGCGCCGCCCUCAGCAGCGCCCGCGUCCUCCGCCCCUUCCCGGGAAGCGCCGCCCCAGCUCGCAGCUCUGCUCCCGGCGUCUGUCGCCAUGGGUCUCGUCGCGCUCCUGGUUCAGCUGCCGCCGGUGCUGCUGUUGCCGCUGGCGGUGGCCGCGGGCGGCCCGGCGGUGCGCAGCCUGCGGGGGAGCUGGCAGCUCCGCAGCGGGAAUGGCUCGGUGGCGCUCCCAGCAGAGGUGCCGGGCUGCGUUCACACCGCGCUGCUCUGCCGGGGCCUCAUCCAGGAUCCAUACUAUAGAUUUAAUGAUGUGAUGUACAGAUGGAUCUCAUUAGAUAACUGGACUUACAGCAGGACAUUCGAAACUCCUUUUGACGUCAGAAAGUGGCAGAAAGUGAAUUUGGUUUUUGAGGGAGUGGAUACAAUAGCACAGAUCCUGCUCAACAAUGUCACUCUUGGGAGAACAGACAACAUGUUCAACAGAUAUAGCUUUGAUAUUACCAGCGUGAUCCAGGAGGUCAAUUUUGUUGAAGUCCGUUUCUUGUCAGCCGUUUCAUACGCAGCAGAGCAGAGCAGAUGUCACAAAGCACACAGCAUCCCCCCAGCAUGCCCUCCACCUGUGCAGCAAGGGGAGUGCCACGUUAAUUUCAUCAGAAAGGAGCAAUGUUCAUUUAGUUGGGAUUGGGGCCCUUCUUUUCCCACUCAAGGAAUCUGGAAAGAUGUUAGGAUUGAGGCCUAUAACCAUUAUCACCUGAUUUACUUUUCAAUAACUCCUUUCUUUGUAAAGAGUGCUCAGCAGUGGUAUCUUGAAGUCGAGUCUAUUUUUGACGUAGUCAGCUCCAAGCCAAUUGCCGGUCUUGUGACUGUGAACAUUCCCAAGUUGCAAACGCAGCAAACGUUCAGUGUGAAACUUCAACCUGGAGAAGGCAGCAUUGUGCUGCUUGUAAACAUCAACAAGAGUGCUGCAGUGGAGGCUUGGUGGCCAAAUGGGCAUGGAAAGCAAACUGGAUACAACAUGACAACAACUUUUAUGAUGGAGGCCGGAUGCCAGGUUGAGAAGAUUUCAAAGGUUUAUUUUCGGACAGUAGAACUUGUUCAGGAGCCUAUUCCUGGCUCACCAGGUCUGAGUUUCUACUUCAGAAUCAAUGGCCGACCCAUUUUUAUUAAGGGCUCAAACUGGAUUCCAGCAGAUUCUUUCCAGGACAGAGUGACCUAUGACAGGCUAAGGCUACUCUUGAAGUCUGCAGCAGAUGCUAACAUGAAUGCCCUGCGGGUUUGGGGAGGAGGAGUAUAUGAACAAGAUGAAUUUUACGAUAUUUGUGAUGAAUUAGGAAUAAUGAUUUGGCAGGAUUUUAUGUUUGCGUGUGCGCUGUAUCCAACCAACCAGAAUUAUUUAGAAUCUGUAAGAGCAGAAAUUUCUCAUCAGAUCCGACGUUUAAAAUCUCAUCCAUCAAUUAUUCUGUGGAGUGGUAACAAUGAAAAUGAAGCAGCAAUUGCAGGCAACUGGUUCUCCAUACCUCCUGAUGACAUAGGAGUCUACAUCAAGGACUACGUGACCCUUUAUGUGAAGAACAUACGUGAAAUAGUUCUUAGUGAAGAUAAGAGUCGACCUUUUGUUGCAUCCAGUCCCACUAAUGGCUUAGAGUCAAUUAAAGAAGGCUGGCUCUCCCAGAAUCCUUAUGACACCCAUUAUGGUGAUACACACUUUUAUGACUACAACAGUGACUGCUGGAACUGGACAGUGUAUCCUAAAACUCGUUUUGCUUCAGAGUAUGGCUUUCAAUCCUGGCCUUCCUUCAGUGCAAUUGAAAAGGUUUCCUCCCCUGAAGACUGGUCCUACACAAGCAAUUUUUCUCUCCAUCGGCAGCACCAUGAAGGUGGCAAUAUUCAGAUGCUACAAGAGAUUGAGCGUCAUUUCAAGCUUCCCCAGAGCCCAGAUCCUGUAAAGAAGUUCAAAGAUAUGAUUUACCUCACUCAGGUGAUGCAGGCUCAGUGUAUAAAGACAGAAACUGAAUUCUAUCGUUUUAGUCAAAGUGAAAUAAUCAAUGGAGAAGGACACACAAUGGGAGCUCUCUACUGGCAACUCAAUGACAUUUGGCAGGCUCCUUCCUGGGCUUCCUUGGAGUAUGGUGGUAAGUGGAAACUGCUCCAUUAUUUUGCCCAGAACUUCUUUGCACCACUGCUGCCUGUGGCCUAUGAAGACAAAGGGAUGUUGCACAUUUAUGGUGUCUCAGACUUUCAUGAGGACCACAUGCUGACUUUGAGGGUUGUUGUGCAUGCCUGGAGCUCUUUGGAGCCUGUAUGCACCCUUGCCAAAGAAGGUGUGACUGUUAAAGCACAGAGUGCUCUCCCCAUCUACAAGGAGUCCAUCACUGACCUUCUGGAAAGAUGCAGAAAUUGUACCAGGAAAAGCUGUAUUGUUACUUUCUGUCUCAUGGGAGAAGAUGGGCUCCAGAGUCCUACAAACUAUUACUUCCUUUCAUCACUCAAGGAUGCUGUGGGAUUAGAAAAGACCCAGCUUAGUGCCUCUGUAUCCCAACAAGAUGAUACUUACAUUUUUGUUCUUCAGACCACUGCAAUUGCUCCUUUUGUUACUCUGGAUGUAGGGAGUAUAAAAGGCAGAUUUAGUGAUAAUGGUUUCCUCAUGACUGAAAAUAAGAAAGUGGUUGUGUUUUAUCCUUGGGAACCUACCAGUGUUGAAGAACUAGAAAGUUCACUAACCUUGACCUCUCUACUGGAUGUUGUCUGAGAAUACUUCAUUUCCUUCUGGAUAAAGAGUGAAACAGGAGGAGAAAAAAAAAAAUAAGAAGAAUUUGACUGAAGCUGAAGUGACAUACACUUUGAGCUGGCUGAAGAACAUACUGUCUCUUCCUGUCAUAUGAAUUUUUACUGCUGGUUCAAUGUAAAGAUACCAACAGCAAAGCUUGCUUAUAAUAUAUGUGGUAUAUUGAAAGCACAUCCAUAUUUUUUUCUAAUUUCAUUAUGCUGUAAGUGGAAAUUUGUUUUAGGAUAACAGCAAGGUAUGCUGGGGGCAUUCCAAGGGAGAAGGACAGGGAGUGAAGCUGGCACUAUGUCCAGUAGGCCACCGAGCCACUCUGUGGGCAAGUUGCUAAACAUUUGGCUUGUCUGUCAGACAUGGUUUGAAAUGCAGCUGGGAUCUUGCUGGGCUUCCACAAGGAUACUCUGUCCACCCAAGCUAAUAAUAAUUUUCUUGCAGAGCAGAAUCAGCUCCAUAAUAGAGUGGAGUUUGAGCGAGCUCUGCUGCUGAUGUCCGUCAGUGUUGUAAUAGCAGCACGUGGGUGAUACCUGAUGGUGGUGUGGGGGGUCUGGAGCACGUGUGGGGGGAGCAGAUGUGUGUUCCACUGGAGAACUCAGGCUGGGGGUGGAUUUCACUUGUGAUUGCAGGUUUAAUCAGAGAUGAGCAUGUUGACUGAUACUUUGAUGUUAACCAAAACUGACAUACUCCUGAGCGAGAGGAAGAACUUACAGAUGAAAGGGAAAUGAUAAAUGAGAGUUUUUUACAAAUGCUUUAUUGGGUCACCAAAACAACUAAUUGCAAUUGCAUCUGGUUCAAAACUAGUCCUAGCUAAAAGAAGACAUGAAAACAAUCAAAAUAUGGAUGUGUAUGUGUAUAGACUUUGUAAAAGAAAUUGGGAAAAAUUACAGUCAUGAGUAAAACUUAACAAAUGCAGGCAUUGACAAAGGAAAUUAAAAAUUAUUCUGAGAGACAUCAUGGGCCAGCAAUACCAGAAAAAUUCUUCAGUUUUUUUGGUGUCUUGGAAUCAAUGUGGAAUCAAAGCAGCAAUAAAGUCAAUAUAAGGUAAGAAUGAAAAAAUGUGGAGAAAAUAUGAUUAAUAUGUACUGCUGCAGUAUUUUAGGAAAGGGACUAAUCUGUUGAUGUCUUUCUCAUAUAUUGAUGGAGAAAUGUCUCUUCCAGCAGCAUCUGGAUAGAAUUUCAAAAUGGCACUUAAUAAUGUUAAAUAAAUAAAACUUUGGAGGAAUUAUUUGUACAAGACAA